GCAAAUAGCGAUAUACGACAACAAGGAAAACCAACCACUUCGGAUGAAACGUUGAAUGCCAUCAACGAGAGUUUAUCCCUUCUCCUGAGUGGUCAACAGCGAAUUGGUUCACGGAUCGAUAACCUGAAAAAGGAGCAGGAGCUGAACAAGAACCAUCUCGAAGAAGCCCUAAAAAGCGUGAUCGUCCAGUUGAAAGCAGAAUUGGCAGGAAAAUCACAAGAGCAGUCAGAGAAAUUGGAAAAGCUUAGACUGAAGCAGGACCAUCUCUACGAGGACUUCAAUCUUCUCAAUGAUCGCCUUGAUGAAAUGGAAAUGCUGGUGUCGAAGCUAAUGCGAGAGACUGAGCCUACAGAAAUCCUGCUUCGAGUGCCCGAGGUCCACAAACCAGCCACAAUUGAAGAACUUUCUGACAAUGGAGAAUCAUUGCACAGUGUUCUGUCCAUCUCUUCGGGAUCUGUUGCAGAAGGACCUGAAGGUGUUGUGAAGAAAUCUCGAAAACCCUCGCAGGCGUUUAUCUUCACACAACGUCCAGCGGAACGUGCUGUGAAGAAGGAUGUUGAACAAGAGCAUGUUGAAAUUACCCACCUUUGA